ACAAGAUUCCGAUGGAGACUCGAUUCCUUGAAGCGAUGUCGAAAGGGUUGGAAACGAUCUUUGAGUAUAGACGAGCAGAAGUGCGGACAGAUGUCGCUCUUAUAGCAACCGUCGUAGGGAACCCUCUUCGAGAAUUCUCCAAGGACGAUCGGAGACGGGCCAAUGAAAGGGCGCGAGACUAUAAACGAGGGACGGUUAGAAAAGCGGAAAACAGACGGGAGCGGAAUAUGGAUGGUAGUUCCGCACCCGUUCAUGAGUGGCUAAGGUGGUGGCAGACGUAUGCGGCUAUUUCGCUGUGCUUAGUCGAUAUCGAUCUGACGUGGUGGAAGGAUGGCGACCAGCCCGUAGUUAGUGAGAACGUCGAGCUGCUACUCAUUCAAGCUUGGAAGACGGAUGCAGAGGGGGAUUUUCUAGGAUUCGUCUUCGGAUCAGUCGAGUCGGGCCAUCGACAGACGAUCGUAAACAAGCUGCUGAUCCUUCAGACCGAGCUGCUAGACGACCUUCGGCUUGACGUCAUCUCGCACUCCGACAAGAGUCCAGUACCACACAUCCUCUCGCGCCGCCUGGUACUGUAUCAGCAAUGGUCAGCAUGCCUGGAAGGCGACGAUGACAACGCGUGUUACCCAUCGCACAGCUACCCGGAUCCCGGGAGGAUUACGGACGCUCUCUUCAACCUGGUGAGCGGAGGAGAAGAGGAAGAAGGCGAGGAAGAGGACGAGGAAGAGGAAGAAAGCGAGGAAGAGACAUCCGAAGAGGACGAGGAUUAUAGUGAGCAUAGUGAGCGUGAGGCAGGGGUGGUGAGCAAAGAAGAAGAAGAAGAAGAAGAAGAAGAAGAGCGAGAGGAGGUCGAAGAAGAAGCGGCCGGAGAAGAAGAAGCGGAGCAGGCGAAAACCUCAAAGGAGGAUCCGGAGGCAGAGCGGCGCAAGGCAGCCAUCGCGGAAGGAAAGCGGCCAUUGGAGUUGUUGGUGGGAGUUGAUCUGCCUGUUCCGGACGACCCAACUAAAGAUCCCGAGCCGCCAGCCAAGGAAGGCUUUGGGGGACCGAACCACAAUGGCUGGAAGCGCACAGCCAAAAUGAAAACUAAUCGGUGCCCCGGCAGCUCGGCAAAAUUUGGCACGCAGGGGGCAUCCCGGCUCGGCAUCGAUAGCUGGGCCAAGUACUGGCGAGUCUGCAGUGGUGGUUUUAAGGGAUGCUGGACACAGUUUCCAGCAGCUGUUGCGCCCCACCAAUAGACGGAGCAGACUAACAAACAGGCCCUCAAUCC